AUGGAGUCUUUGGCAGAAACGCCAUGGGACGUAACAAUCUCUGGUACAGGGCUGGCGCAGUCGCUUCUAGCAUUGGCCCUCUCCCGGUCAGGCAAGAAGGUUCUUCACAUUGACCGUAACCCGUAUUAUGGAGGCUCUGAGGCUGCAUUCAGCCUUCAGGAAGCCGAGGACUGGGUUUCCCAAGUGAAUCAAGAACCGAAGUCUUACCCCUUUGAAGACGCGUCCAUCUUGAAGCCUCAGCAAACACGGGAGUGCAAUGCUCAGCUAGCUUCGUCUCGAGCAUAUACACUUACGUUGUCACCACAACUGAUUUAUUGUCGAUCUGCGUUGUUGCCCACGCUGGUGUCGUCGAAGGUCUACCGCCAGCUUGAAUUUCAGGCCGUUGGAAGCUGGUGGAUUUAUAGACCUUCGAGCAACUUGACUUCUGAGAGUAUUACGACUGUGAAUGCAUGCUCAGAUUUGUAUCGUGUGCCGAGUAGCCGCGAAGAUGUUUUCGCCGACGAUGUGAUCAGCGUUAAAUCGAAGCGAACACUGAUGAGAUUUCUCCGGCACAUCGCCAAGCCUCAACAGGAUGACGAAACCUCGUCGGAACAGGAGGAUCUGACCGGCUCGUUCCCGGACUAUCUCGCAUCCAACUUUCAAGUCCCUGCCGAGCUUCACGAUCCGCUUCUAUCGCUUUCAUUGGCCCAGAGUUCUCCCCACCAGACGUCAGCCGAAUAUGCGGUAACGCGCAUCAAGAGGCACUUGACCUCUAUCGGUGUCUUCGGUCCUGGAUUUGGAAGCUUGGUCGCCAAAUGGGGUGGAGGAUCUGAGGUCUCUCAAGUAGGCUGCCGAGCUCUCGCAGUUGGGGGCGGGGUGUACGUCUUGGAUUCUGGGAUCGAGUCGGUCAGAAAUGAUCCCAUUGAGCCUGACGAUAGCGAUGCCAGUCGUAUAGAGGUUCAACUUGCCAAUAAUGAAUCGAUCAGAACUCGUUUUCUGGUUGGUUCGAACUGGGAUCUUCCUGCAAAUGUUUUGGACCCUCCUCGUUAUGAUAGGGUUUCCCGGUCAAUCACGAUUGUCUCUUCCUCUCUGGAAAAUCUCUUUCCAGUUACUGCAGAAGGUGGCCCAAUUCCUGUGUGUGCAGUUGUGGUUUUCCCAGGAACUCUUUUAGGUCAAAGAGAGGACUCGCCGCCAGUAUAUAUUCUGGUUCACUCCAGCGAGACUGGCGAGUGUCCAUCGGGACAAAGUGUCUUGUACUCCAGUGUCUCCAUAUCUGGACCUCAUGGCCAACCCCUUCUUGAAAGUGCUAUACACAAACUCCUUCAAUCCAGUGCAGAUCCCGACGCAAAGACCUUGUGGUCCUUGCGUUUUACACAGUUGGGGCGCGCUAGCCAGGACGUUCGUGGUACCCAUACAAUCCAGAAAAGCUCGCUGUCGGCGAAUAUACUCUGCUUCCCGCCUCCUAGCCUUGAUCUUGCCUUUGACGAUGCGCUCAUUGACACGGUGAAGGAUGCGUGGAAGAUGAUCAUGGGCGAUCAAGCUUCAAAUGACUUCAUGAAAUUUGAGGACCGGGAAGGUGCCUACGAUGCUGAUUGA